UAUGAUAUGAUACGUGAUCACGUCGGAAAGGAUUAAUGAUUAAUUGACAAUAUGGACAACGUAUCUACAGAAGAGAACAAGAAUGUCAUUGCGAAUACAUUACCCGAAUUACCAUCGAAUAUGAGCAAGCGUCAAUUGAAGAAAAUGCAGAAGAAGGAAAAAUGGCUAGAACGGAAGAUUGAAAAGAGAUUGCGAGAGAGGGCUAAAGCGAAGGAAAAACGUGCAUAUGCGCGCGCGAAUAAUUUGAGUCUGGGCCCGUCUCGGCAGUUUUUAAAGAGGAGCACCAUGGCGAUUAGUCCUUGCAAGUUAAUUGUAACCAUUGAUUUAUCAUUUGAUGAGUUAAUGAUCGACAAGGAUAUUGCUAAGCUAACGAAGCAGAUACUGAGGUGCUAUACUUUAAAUAGAAGAGCAACAGCACCGAUGCAAUUCUCUCUCACGAGUUUCACUGGUAGAUCACGAGCCGACAUGGAGAGGCACAAUGGAUACGAACACUGGGAUGUGAAUUUUCAUACUGAGUCAUACUUAAACAUUUACCCCAAGGACAAAAUUGUAUAUCUAACGAGCGAAUCAGAAAAUGUGAUAGAUCGUCUCGAUCACGAAUGUGUAUAUGUCAUAGGCGGUCUCGUCGAUCAUAAUGCGCAUAAGGGUAUAUGCUACAAGCUAGCGAAAGACGCGGGUGUCAGACAUGGGCGAUUGCCAUUGGAUAAAUUUCUGCGGAUGAAGGCGAGAAAAGUUUUAACUAUUGAUCACGUUUUUGAGAUACUAUUGAGAAUAACAGAGGGUAAUUCUUGGCAAGAGGCAUUCCUGAGAGUGUUACCAGAGAGGAAAAAUGCCCAACCGAUCGUUCCUGCGCAAUUCAAAGAAGAGGAAUCGCAAGAUCUUAUGCCUGUCGAUGUAAAUAACGCGAUGCUAGUCAAUGUAAAUAGUACAAUGCAAAUCGAUGUAAGUAAUGUAAAUAGUACAAUAUCAGUUGAUAUAAACAAUCAAGUUUGUGAUGAAGAAAGUGCUAAUAUAUUGGUAAAUAACGUAGAAUCGAAAAACGUCUUGGAAGAGCAUUUAUGUGCAACAUAGAUGCGCGAAUAAUAGCAUAAUUAAGUCAAAUCGUCGCCUGCAAAAUUAGAAGUGCAAUGACAUUCUUAAAAUAUUCUUGAUUAUAGUAUUAUAUAUAAUCUUAAUUAUAACAAAUUUCUACAAAAUUAGAAAAAUUAAAUUAUAAAUAUUUAAAGUAUAUUUUUUUAUUAAAUAUAUUUUUGUAAAUUAAAAUGUCAAUUUUAAUGCGCUAAUUCUUUUUGUUGUUUUACAAAUGUAUAGAGAUAAUAGAUGAUGUUUCCUACCGUUAUGCUUUUAAGACUACCAAAAGAUUUAUAGUUGACUGCGCGCGAGGGAGAAGCUCAAUACACACAUGAUGACGACAAUAUACUUUCAGUAUCGUGUAUUUUCAAAUGUUAGAGAUGUAUAGACAAGAACAAGACGACAGACACCAAUUAUAAAUAGGCUACAAAAACGUGUCGGAGACUUGACAAACGUCUCGUCGGUAUCUUCUUGCGCAUUUUUUCUUUUUUUUUUUACACCUCGCAGCAUGUUACAAUAUGAUACAUCCUUACACGUCUAAAACAUUUGUUCGCGCUACUCGAAGUGCAGUCUCUGUCGAUUAUUUUUCUCAUUUUAUCUCUCGUAUUCUUACUGUUGCACAGCAUUGUCGUCAUCACUUAAUUAUCGCAAUUAAGUCAAAAAGCGUGAACUCGUGACUGUUCAGGUUAAAACGUUUGUACACAGGUGCAUAUUUAUUACAUUGCAAAUGUACAUAUGCCUAUUUUAAUCAUCCAAGAUAUUAAAUAUGAUUCUGUAGUAUCAUUCAUACAUACA